CGCGCAAGUUACUGAAUCCGUAUCCAGCUCAAACGAUCACUGGUCAUCAGCAUUCGGUUUUAGGACCACGACACAGAAGUCUUCUAAGCGACAGCCCACUCGGUCAGAAGCAGGUUGCUUUUCGAGAACGGGCCUUCAAGAAAAAAUUGCAGAAAACCGUGAUGCCCCUUCGGAAGAAGAUAUUGACGACGAUGAGGGUGCGCCGUUUCAGGAAGAAGAAAGUCCAGCCACAACACGACAAUUCAGGGACAUACAACAACCAGUGCGCACUAAAACGGCAGCAACCAGUGUCAACGGUGUAAAGAUUAUAUCGGGCAAACAAGAGGCCAGAGCGCGCGAGUUUGUGCACACAUCCCUCAAAAAUACAGAGCCUUCUCUAAAUUAUAGACUGGUGGAAACCACACAUCCGACUACGAAGUAUAGAAUGGUAGCAGUGAGCAUACAAUUUAUGGCUACGCAGACACUUGCUGAUUUCAGCCCUCUGGAGUAUAGUCGCAGAGCCACUUCAUCUAGCUUCACCCACAAGAUUCCCACUGCAUUCAUAGAGCUGCACGAUUACGUCACGCAGGACGAUACACCAAGGAAAGAGGUGAGAGACUCGUGAAUGCAAAACUACGACAGGAAAUUUGGGGGGGGGGGGCGCGAGUCCGUGCGAGCUACAAUGAGUGUACAGUUACCAUUCAAUGUUAUUGCUUUGCCAAAAUGUGUGGACAUACAAAUACUUCUGAACCCAAAGAAAGAGGAAAUCGGCCUGGUUGUCACAUUCACAGAAGACGCAGUGGAGAAGGUCGACCAGGCCGACAGGCUUACAACAACUCUCACCCGGCAACACUGAUGUUAUGAGUGCGCACCCAGCUCUGUACAGAGUAGGGGCAUCAUGUAUAGAUACAACACAUAUAAAGGAUACAGACGACUAUAUUGUGAUUAUGCAUAAUGUAUACAUACAGCUAGGUAACUAUUCGACAAAUAUGGAUUUUAAUAAAUCACGUGUGUGUGCACAUGUUAUCA